AGCUCUGCCACACUGACCAGGGUGAAACUUUAUGGACAAGGCUUCGCAUACCUGAAAUUUAGCUGCUUAUCAUGGCAGAAUGUGGGAAACAUGGCAGCAAAAACAAUGUUUUCUUGUAACAUUGCAACAGCAUUUUUGUCUUUAAUUAUUGCAAAGAAAUGUGAAGCCUAUGAUGUGAUGUUGAAGCAAAGUCUUGUGCCUGAUGGGCAGCCUCUUGCUAUUAAAUGUUCGCUGGAAAAGAGCUUGGAAAGUGGAGACUACAACUUAACAUGGUACAAAGUUGGUAACCAGAAAGCUGUGCCUAGAGACAAACUGUCUAGAGUUCAUCAGCAGAAGGAUUUAAUUUGGUUUCUUCCUGCAAUGUUAGAAGAUUCUGGAGAUUAUGAAUGUGUCAUAAGGAAUUUGACAAGCUGCAAGAAAAUGUGUACAAAAGUAACCAUUUUUGAGAGGAUUGAUGGUUUAUGCUUAAAUGAAAAAUUUGCUGUAAAGGAGGUAAUAUCCACCUCAUCUUCGGCAAAGGCUGUGUGUCCCCACUUGGAUUUUUUCAGGAAAGAGAAGAAUAUUCACCCUGUUUAUUGGUAUAAGGACUGCCAGCUGCUGGAAGGAAAAAGGUUUGUUGUUUCAAACAGUGACCUUAUAAUUUUGAAUGUGACUGUACAUGAUGGAGGAAACUAUACGUGUGAAACAACAUAUACCUACAAUGGGAAACAAUAUAACAUUUCACGAGAUAUCAGUCUGAUUGUUCAAUUGACCCCACCAAAAAAACCUCCAGAGAUAACUUAUCCAAGAAACAACUCCAUUGAAGUUGAACUCGGCUCACAGGUUACUGUGGAUUGCAAUACAACAGGUGCUGAUGGGUUUGAGGUGUACUGGACAGGCAACAAUAUGAACAGAAUCUUUGCAAGUUCCUAUGAGGGAGAAACUUCUUAUGAUGGGCGCCCUAUGCAUUCUUUGAAGCUAAUAAUUUCAGAAGUGAGCAGGGAAGAUUAUGAACAGCCUUUUGUAUGUCAAGCUUCAAAUGCCUUUGGGCAAGUCGCAUCCUAUAUUAUAUUAAAACACAGAGUUCCUGACAUACAAAGAUGGCUGACUGGAGGGCUUGUCUCUUUGUUAAUUUUGACAUUUAUCACUUUAAUAAUCUACAAAAUUUUCAAGAUUGAUUUGGUGCUUUGGUACCGUAAUUCUGUCUGUGCCCUUACAAGUGAGGAAGAUGGGAAAAUCUACGAUGCGUAUGUCCUGUACACAAAAAGCAGUGAAGGCAGAAGUGUCUGUUGUCUGGAAACCUUUGUUCGUAGGAUACUCCCAGCUGUUUUAGAAAAACAAUGUGGCUAUAACCUUUUCAUAUUAGGAAGGGAUGAUUUACCAGGAGAAGCUGUGGUCAGUGUUGCUGAUGAAACCCUUAAGCAAAGCAGAAGACUGAUGAUUAUUUUGGGAUCAGAAACAUCUAGGUGCUGCCUGUUAGAAGACACCUCUGAGCAACAACUAGCUAUGUAUAAUGCUCUCAUUCGUGAUGGGAUUCAAGUGAUUCUUAUAGAAAUGGGUGAAAUUCGGGACUACACAAGCAUGCCAGAAUCAAUCAGAUACAUUAAGCAAAAACAUGGAGCUAUUCAAUGGAAAGGGGACUUCUCAGAGAAAUCUUGUUCAGCAAAUACAACAUUCUGGAAGAACGUGCGCUAUCAAAUGCCAUCCAGGAAAAAGGUAUCUUAUUCUGAAGUGCAUUUGUUGCCCCUAACUUCGAACAGUUCUGCAGGAAAGGGAAGUUAAGAAGCACUUAUUUAAAUAAUACUAAGAACUUUAUACUACAAAGUAGAUGUUUUCUUCGAGGAGUAGAAACUGCUCCAUUCCAUAAAUUACACCCUAAAAGAAAAAACUCUUUGCAACUUUUUUUCUGUUGCAGGUUUUGGAUUGUGACACAAUUUGUUGUGUUAGUCUUCAUCAAAUAUUACGAGUAAACAUGGUUAUGGUGAUAGGCUACUAAGUAGCUGUGAUCCACAUAAAUGCUGUAUGAAGAAACAGCUGUGAAGUCCAUUUAAAAAAAUCACAACUGCAGUUGAUAAAUUAAAAGUCUGUUUCUGUCAUCAGCAUUUUCCUAGUCAUUCAGUUCCAAAUCUUGUUGCCUCUCCAUGAUUGUCUGACUUUCUUUUCGGUGCAAGAAUCUGCUCUGUGCAAGCUUUGCCUCCUGAUCAACAGACCUUACCCUUGCUUCUUGAAAGGUUUGGGGAAAUUCAUGACAUAGCAGGUAUAUUUAAAACUCAUCACUACACUAAAUGUGUUUCUGCUGAACAAUUGGUACCAAAUGUGUUCAGCAAAUGGAAGGGAAUGAAAUCCCUGGAUUUUUAGACUGUUGAACAAUUCUGUGGUAUCUGGUUUAUGUUUUUUUUUUAGACUUAGUCUCUUGUAAUGCUUAGGAAACUGAAAAUAAUUAAUAUUUCUUGAGAACAGGAAGAUUUCUAGACUGUGCUGCUACACUGGAAACGAGAUGCUCUCGUGCUGUGUCUCAGCUGUGCUAACUGCAUGCACAGAAAUUCACUGAGAAUCUAUCAAAGAACUGUGCUUGGGCUGGAUAUUCUGGGGAGUGGAAAGUGGCCAGUUCUGAAACAUGACCAAAUUCUAAUGGCAAGAAAUGGUAUCUCAUCUACUAGUGAAGGAAAGAGAGGCGUGUGGCAAUAUCAAACUGCUUGAGAGUAGCUUGGUGUUUCUAGACCUCAAUCCACUUUCUGUGUGCAGCACUGAGAGAAAAUGACAUGCUGCUUCCUUUUCAAGGUGGUCUAAGGCAGCAGGAGUUUUCAUGCUCCAGCCUUGAGGAACAUAUGCAUGCAAAUACGCAUUUUGCUUGCCUUUUAAAAAUUAUUUUCUGAAGUUACGUAAGUUCUAACAUCAUGUUUAUUGCCAGGAUAGCAUCUGCUGUGGAAUUCCUUUCAGUUGGUUCUCAGAGGUAUGUAUAUCUAGAAUAUAUUCUUCAUUGUCUAUUGAUAGGAGAGAAAACAGAAUCUAGGAGUGGAAAUAUAUAAUCAAAGGGAAAGAUUUCUAAUAGCAUUUCAUUGUACCUUUUUUCUUUGUAAAGGUGUAGUAGAUACUCCUUAGGAGCAGUGUCUCAGUCUCCUGGCUGUGGGGUUCACAACUGUGUAAUCUUCCACAGCCUUCACUGACUAGAGACUUGUUCUGAGGUGUCACCAGGAAAACUGGGAACAGGAUAGAUCCAUCAUAUGAGGUUCUAUUGUCCUAGUAGAUGUUGAAUCCAUGUUCUUUGGAAAUGCAUAAUAUUUAGGCUGAAACCUUUCAAAAAUAAAUUUAGGG